CCUCGGCCACUGCCACAGCUGCUCUGCCAAUACAUAAGAGCAAAGCGUUUUCCCUUUGUGUAUCUUCAACAUGGAUGCUUUUCAGGGGAUUUUAAAAUUCAUCCUCAACCAGAAAACUGUUAUUGGCUACAGCUCUUUGGCUCUGCUGACUGUGGGAGGUGAGCGUCUCUUUUCACUCGUGGCUUUUCAGUGUCCCUGCAGCACUGAGAAUGUGGUGUACGGAUUGGUUUUCCUUUUUGCUCCUGCCUGGGUGUUACUGAUCCUGGGAUUCUUUCUGAACAACAGGUCAUGGAGACUCUUCACAGGCUGCUGUGUGAAUCCCAGGAAAAUCUACCCCAGGGGCCACAGCUGCCGCUUCUUCUAUGUCCUCGGCCAGAUCACUCUGAAUUCAUUGGUGGCUCCAGUGAUGUGGCUUUCCGUGGCUUUGCUCAAUGGGACAUUUUAUGAAUGUGCCAUGAGUGGGACCAAAAGUUCAAGACUCCUGGGGCUGAUUUGCAAGGGCAAGCCCAAAGAGUGCUGGGACGAACUUCACAAAGUACCUUGUGGCAAAAUCAGCAUGACCCCUACGGACAACGAAGAACUGAAACUGUCCCUGCAAGCCCAGUCUCAGAUCCUAGGAUGGUUCCUGAUUUGUUCAGCAUCUUUCUUCUCUCUGCUCACCGCUUGUUAUGCUCGCUGCCGAUCAAAAGUUAGCUACCUUCAGCUGAGUUUUUGGAAGAUGUAUGCACAAACAGAGAAGGAGCAAUUGGAAAAUACGUUCCUGGACUAUGCCAAAAAGCUGAGUGACAGGAACCUGAAAUGCUUCUUCGAAAACAAGAGGCCAGAGGUCUUCUCCAUGCCUAGCUUUGCGGCCUGGGAGUCUGCUUCAGAGCUGCAUUCUUUCCACCCAAACCAGCAACAUUACAGCGUCCUCCACAGGGUGGUGGAAGAUGGUCUGGAACUUCGCCCUGAGGACGAUGAGACUACAACGGUGCUUGUGGAUGCUGUUCAAAACGUGCAGCUCACCCACCAUCUCUGACUCGUGGUAUCUAGACAUCUUCCUACUGCGUCAACAGCUACCCGAGCUUCUCCGCGU